AUGGACUCGACCUCGACGACGACGGCGACGCCGACAGCGACCACGCCGCUGCUGCAGCCGGCACCGCACGGCGGCGGGGGCAGCCGCGAGCUGGAGGCGAUCCUGGCGGACGCGUCCUUGCCGUGGGCGCGGCGGGCCUUGCGAGGCGCCGCCGUGGAGCUGCCGCUGCUGCUCCGGAUCGCGCUGCCGGCGGUGGCCGUGUACAUGAUCAACUAUGUCAUGUCCAUGUCCACGCAGAUCUUCUGCGGCCAGCUCGGCAACCUCGAGCUCGCCGCCGUCUCGCUGGGCAACACCGGCAUCCAGGUCUUUGCCUACGGCCUCAUGCUCGGGAUGGGCAGCGCGGUGGAGACGCUGUGCGGGCAGGCGUACGGCGCAAACAAGCCGGGCAUGCUGGGCGUGUACCUGCAGCGGUCGAUGGUGCUGCUGACGGCCACCGGCGUGCCGCUCGCCGUGGCUUACGCCUUCUCGGAGCGCAUCCUGGUCCUCCUUGGCGAGUCGGAGAGCAUCGCCCGCGCCGCCGCCGUGUUCGUCUACGGGCUCAUCCCGCAGAUCUUCGCGUACGCGGCCAACUUCCCGAUCCAGAAGUUCCUGCAGGCGCAGAGCAUCGUGGCGCCCAGCGCCUACAUCUCGGUGGCCACGCUGGCGCUGCACCUGGCGCUCAGCUGGCUCGCCGUGGACCGCCUCGGGAUGGGCCUCCUCGGCGGCGCGCUCGUGCUCAGCCUCAGCUGGUGGAUCAUCGUGCUGGCGCAGUUCGGGUACAUCGUCAGCAGCCCCAGGUGCAGGGAGACGUGGAAGGGGUUCACCGCUCAGGCGUUCCGCGGCCUCGGCGGCUUCUUCAAGCUCUCGGCGGCGUCCGCCGUGAUGCUGUGCUUGGAGACGUGGUACUUCCAGAUCCUCGUGCUCAUCGCCGGCCUGCUAAAAAACCCCGAGCUCUCCCUCGACUCCCUCUCCAUAUGCAUGACCGUCAACGGAUGGGUGUUCAUGAUCUCCGUGGGCUUCAACGCCGCCGCCAGCGUGCGGGUCAGCAACGAGCUCGGCGCGGGCAACCCGAGGGCGGCGGCCUUCUCGGUGCUGGUGGUCACGUCGCUGUCGCUGGCCGUGGCGGCGGUGUGCGCCGUCGUCGUGCUCUGCGUCCGCGACCAGCUGAGCUACUUCUUCACGGGCGGCGAGGCGGUGGCGCGCGCGGUGUCCGACCUCUGCCCGCUGCUCGCCGUCACGCUCGUCCUCAACGGCGUCCAGCCCGUGCUCUCCGGCGUCGCCGUGGGAUGCGGCUGGCAGGCCUUCGUGGCGUACGUCAACGUGGGCUGUUACUACAUCAUCGGCGUGCCGCUCGGUGUCUUCCUCGGCUUCUACCUCGACCUCGGCGCCAAGGGCGUUUGGAGCGGCAUGGUGAUCGGGGGAACCAUGAUGCAGACCCUCAUCUUGCUCUGGGUCACCUGCAGAACCGACUGGAACAAGGAGGUGGAGAAAGCCAGGGUAAGGCUGGACAAGUGGGAGGAUAAGAAGCAGCCUCUCCUAGAAGACUGA